CCACUAUUUGCGCCAAAAAUCAAUUGGCGCAACAGAUAAAAACAGAAAUUCAACUAGUUUCUUGAAAUUUAACCAAUAACCCACGCUUCGAUGGCCACCAAGCGUGUGCUGACGCCCAGCAAAGCGGAAAAUGGAUCCCCCGACACACUAGGAGCUGGCAACUCCCCACAGAGCAAGAAAUUCAAGCAGAAGUUGGAGUUGCCGGCGGACGACGACCUGGAGAACAUCGAUUGGGGCGACGAUGCUGACUUUGAUUUGGCGCUGGGCGCCAUGGAGUCGGCGGCGUGCCACAGACUCGAUCUCAGCCAGUGGCAGCGCUGCCAGGUGGAGCUGGUGGAACCGCUGGCCAAGAGCCAGGAGCUCCGGUUGCAGGUGAAGCGCCUUUCCGGCGGGGAUCCCGACACGGCCGUGUGCCUGCUGCAGGCGCCCUGGAAUCACAUGCGCGUGCAGGUGGGCGACACCGUCUCCCUGCUGGCCAAGUGGCAGCCAUCCCUGGGCAGCUAUGUGGUGGACAAGGAGCAGGGCUACUGUGUCUCCCAUCCGGAUCUCCUCAUCUCCGGCACCACAGUUACCGGCUCCCUGUUCUGCCGGCGCAAGGCGGUGCUGCAGGAACGUUUCCGUGGCCUGGACUCGGGCAGCUCCAUCAUGGUAAUCGGUACCCUGGUGCACGAACUGCUGCAAAAGGUGCUCCUGCAGCAGCUCUCCAGCCGGGAGCAGAUCCAGUCUGCCCUAGCGGAGAUGCUGUCCAGCUCCUCCCUGGCCCAACUGCUGUACGCAAGCAGUCUAAGCCAGGCGGAGAUGGAGAUGCAGUUGCUCAAGUUCGUGGAUCCCAUUGUCAGCUUUGUGGCGCAGUAUGUGAAGGGUAAGGAACCGGCUGUCCUGCCGCCAGAACUCUAUCGCGGUCGCAUCGAGGAGAUCCGCGACAUUGAGGAGAACCUGUGGGUGCCUCAGCUGGGGCUCAAGGGUAAGGUGGAUGUGACGGUGCGGGUGCGAAAUCCCCACCGCAAGGAGGAGGUUAUUCCGCUGGAGCUAAAGACGGGCCGGGCCAGCUUCUCCAUGGAGCACAAGGGCCAGCUGCUGCUCUACCAGCUGAUGCACUCUGCCCAGGGCCGGGACACCAGGUCGGGCCUGCUGCUGUACCUCCGGGAGGGCAUACUGCGCGAGGUGCCUAGUGGCCGGAACGAGCAGAGGGACCUGGUGCUUCUGCGCAACGAUCUGGCCCACUGGCUGACCAGGGAAGUGGCCAUUCCACCGGGGAAGAAGGAUCCCCUGGAGCAGCUGCAGCUGCCGGAGCCCAUUUACCAUCACAGUGCCUGCGGCAAUUGUGCGUACAACACCAUCUGUGCGAGCUUUGCUCGGCGGGAUCCCGAACUCGAACUCGGGGAAUCGCAUCCCCUGAAGAAGCUCAUGCCGCAGCUGCUGGAACAUCUCAAGGAGCCGGAUCAGGCCUAUGUGCAGCACUGGUGCGGCCUGCUGGCGCUGGAGGAGCAGCACAAUCGACAGUCCUCGCAGCUGAGAGCCCUGUGGACCGAGGAUCCCCUGAAGCGUCAGAAGCAGGGCCGAGCCAUUGGCCAACUGCAGCUGGUCAGGGGUCAAAAGGUCACCCCGGAAGAGGGACGCUAUCGCCAGAGCCUGGAGCUCUCUGCAGAUGCGGACGCGGGCCUCGAUCUGAGCCUCUGUGGGUUCGAUUUGGGCGAGUACGUGGUGGUCAGUUCAGGCUCCCGCCUGGCCAUCGCCUCGGGUUAUAUCGUCUCCCUGGCGAGUCGACGCUUGGAACUCCUGCUGGAGCGUGAUCUCAGCCACCUGUAUGCCCAGGAAUCCUUUGUGGUGGACAAACACGAGUCCCAGAACUUUGCCACCUUCAAUUACACGAAUCUGGGACUGCUGCUCUCCGAGGGCGAACGCUACCAGGAGCUGAGGGACAUCAUAGUGGCCCGCAAGCCCCCCGAACAGCACAAGGUUCUGCCCCGGAUCAUCCUGACCAAGGGAGCCCCCAUGCUGAUGCAGCUGAACACCGUCCAAAAGGCGGCCGCCCUGCGGGCCCUCACCACCAGCAGCCAUCUGCUCAUCAAGGGAUUGCCCGGCACUGGCAAGACCCAGACCCUGGUGUCCCUCGUAAGACUGCUCCAUCUGCUGGGCAAGAGCGUGCUGAUCACGGCGCAAACCCACUCGGCCGUGGACAACCUGCUCCUACGUCUCCUGCCCUUCGAGUUGCCCAUGCUGAGGCUGGGCUCUAGCUCCAGGAUCCAUCCCCAACUGGAGGACAUCAGCGAGGCGGCACUCACCAAGGACUGUUCCACCGCGGAGGACCUACAGAAGUCUCUAGAAAAACCCUCCAUUGUGGGUGUGACCUGUCUGGGAGCCGGGCAUCCGCUCUUUCAGCACCGCCACUUCGACUACUGCAUCGUAGACGAGGCCACGCAGGUGAUGCAGCCCACUGUCCUGCGUCCCUUGGUCCAUUGCAGCCGGUUCGUUCUCGUGGGAGAUCCCGAGCAGCUGCCGCCGGUCAUCAGGUCCAAGGAGGCACGUCAACGCGGGGCCGACGAGACCCUGUUCCAGAGAUUGGACUCGAAGGAGGCCACCGCUGUGCUGAGCCUGCAGUACCGGAUGAACAGGACCAUCACCCGGCUGGCCAACGAGCUCACCUACGCGGGAGCCCUGCAGUGUGCCUCCGAGGAGGUGUCCGGGGCCAGUUUCCAGGUGAAGACACUGACCCAAGCACCGCGCUGGGUGCAACGGGCUCUGCAAAGCCAUUUGGAGCAGGCGGUGACCCUGAUAAACACGGGAGAUUGCUUCGAGCGCUGCCAGGACUUGGCUCGGGCAUCCCAACGUCUGGGGGAGACCGCCUCCUCCAUAGAACAGAGCUACGGGGAGCCAGGGGAGGAGAAUUCUCAGAGGAGCACAGCCAAAAAGAGGAUAUCCAAGUACACAAACUACUGCGAGGCAGGCAUUGUGAUGCACUUGCUCCGGCACUUGCUAAGGUCCGGCUUCGAGGCAUCCAGGAUUGGCGUGAUAGCUCCCUACCGGGCACAGGUGGAGCUCCUCAAGAAACUGGCCCACCAACUGGACCCCCACAUCGAGUGCAACACUGUGGAUCAGUUCCAGGGUCGGGACAAGAACCUCAUCGUCUACAGCUGCUCCAAGACGGGCAGGGACUCUUGCUCGGAUAUGGAACGGUGUCGGGAGGCAGAGAUCCUGGAGGAUCAGCGUCGCCUCACUGUGGCCAUCACCCGGGCCAAGAACAAGCUCAUUCUCCUGGGCGAUAUUCAGUGCCUAGAGCAAUACGGUCCCUUCCGUCGGUUGUUUGAGCACAUACCGGACAGGUGUCGCCUGAAGUUGGACGAGGGUCGCAUGGAGUUUGCCUGGCAGAGUAUCCAAGAGGAUCUGGCCAGCCUGAUGGAGUUGGAAUCGGAGUCAGAGUCCUAGCUAUUUGGAUUUUAUAUUAUGUUUUUUAUAACUUAUAGUUGAAUUAUUCAAAGAUUUAUAACAUAAACAUUCAGGGAUGUCACAGAUAUCGUUGUGGAUUUUAAAUCACUCGAAAAUCUGUGAAAAAUAUGUAAAAUAUACAACUACAACUAGCUAAAUCACACUUUUUGUAAUAAAUUUAAAAAUUUA